UUAGCAAACAGUCCAGAAAGCAUUCAGGUUCACUCUUUCUCAACAAACUCAUAGUUCAGUUUGACACCAGAAGUGUUCUAAAUUUUAAAGCUAAAUGUCAAGUAGUAACAUUUUUAAUAGCAUUAAUAGGUUAUGCAUAAUAAGAAUUCAGUACUCUCUUAUAGAGAAGUGCCUUACGAUAAAAACUCGGCAUGUUUUGGGUCUUCAGGACCUUUCUUUGUCUACUUCUUGCACACUGUGUCACUCCUGAGGUGUUCCUUCACACCAAGGAUGCCAACCAGGUCCUCACACGCCACAGGCGAGCCAACAGCAUAUUUGAGGAACUAAAAAAGGGUGACAUGGAGCGCGAGUGCAUGGAAGAACGGUGCAGUUACGAGGAGGCCCGAGAGAUCUUUGAGGAUGAAAAAAAGACGAAUGAGUUCUGGAACAUAUACAAAGAUGGAGAUGCCUGCAUAUCUCAGCCUUGUCUCAACAAGGGUGUGUGUAAAGAUGGACUAGGCCGAUAUACCUGUUACUGCCCUGAAUUGUUUCAGGGGUAUAACUGUGAGAUUGCAAUACCACAACUGUGUGAGGUUAAUAACGGUGGUUGCGAGCACUUCUGCAAAGUGGACCAGAAGAUGGGAACUGCAAUCUGCUCUUGUGCCAAAGGUUACAAACUAGCAGCCGACAAGAAGACUUGUACAUCUGAUGAUCCCUUCAAAUGUGGCUAUGUGUUUCCUAAGACAACCCGAAGCAUUUUAAUACAUCAUCCAAUAGAAAAUGUCACUGGCAAUGGCACUAGCCCUACGGCUGUGCCAGUGGGUACAAAUGAAGGACAUAUAGUGACCUUCACUGAAAAAAAUGCUGUCACAAAUUACACUCAGAGCCAAGCAGAUACCAACAGUUUGUUUGGACUGAUAGAACCCAGUCCCACUGUCAGGGAGGAACCAGUGCUUCCAAAUUCUUAUGGAGACACAAGGAUUGUGAACGGCGAGGAUUGUCCUCCUGGAGAAUGUCCUUGGCAGGCGCUGCUUAUGAAUGAGGACAAGAUGGGCUUCUGUGGAGGGACCAUUCUAAACGAAUACUUCAUUUUGUCUGCAGCUCACUGCAUGAACCUGUCUCGCUCCAUCACAGUUAUUCUAGGUGAAACAGACACAUUGGUUAGGGAAGGACGAGAAGCGGUGCAUGCCGUUGAACAGGUACUGGUGCAUACGAACUAUCAGCCCGAGACCUACCACAAUGACAUUGCCCUCAUCAAGCUUGUGAAGCCCAUUACCUUCACCAAGUACAUCCUCCCAGCAUGCCUCCCCGAACGUGACUUUGCAGAACGUGUGCUCAUGCAAGAAGAACACGCCAUGGUGAGUGGAUUUGGUCGUCUCCAAGAGGGUGGUCUACAGGCCACUAUCCUGCAAAGGCUCACUGUGCCCUAUAUAGACCGUUCCAUCUGCAAGGAGUCCACCAAGUUCAACAUCAGCCCCCGCAUGUUCUGUGCAGGCUAUGGCAGGGAGGAAAAGGAUGCGUGUCAGGGUGACAGUGGUGGCCCACAUGUCACCAGAUACAAAAACACAUGGUUCGUGACGGGUGUGGUAAGCUGGGGUGAGGGCUGUGCUCGCAAAGACAAGUAUGGCGUCUACACGCAGGUGUCCAAGUACCUCAAGUGGAUUGAGACCGUCAUGGAAAAGGUCAUGGACGAGACUAAAACCAACAAGAAAUCCAGGAACAAGAGGUGGGCACCUGGGCACAUGCAAGUGAUUCGGAUGUGAAUGAAGAUCAAUUAUGAUAAAUUAUGUAUAAGAGAGAUGUAAAAUGAAAACAACUACAACUGGAAAUAAACCACAUUAGAAUAAAGGUUCCAUAUAUUGGUCAAAUCA